CCACGCUAGCUUUCGGAACACAGUCUCCACCACGACACUCUUGGAGCGAACGCGUCGUGAUUGGGCGAUCCAAUGGUGUAGAAGAAGUGUUCUUCGCAAUGGCGGGGCGGACACUUCUGCACGCGACUGCUGGCUGACAAUGGCUGCUGAAGGAUUUGCGAAACCUUGGGUUGAGUUUGAGGAGGAAUUCGGCGAGCGUCCGCUGCUCUAUGGACCGAUUUCGAAUUGCAUCGAUGGCUUCACGAAGCUUGGGGCAAAGAUGGUCACCAAAUAUACCUUCCCGCCCCCCGACCCGGCCGUGAAGACGGAAGAUCGAACAAUCGAUGGCGGAUUGAAGGUGCGCAUCUACACGCCGGAGGGAUAUUCUGGAGGCAAGCCAGUUGGUGUGUACUACCAUGGUGGAGGAUGGGCUAUGGGCGACCUCGACGGCGACGACCCGUUCUGUCGGUCCAUCUCCAAAGGCGGCGGUGUUGUGCUCGUCUCGGUCGAGUACGGGCUUGCGCUGCAGAACAAGCACCCUGGUCUGAUCAACGACUGCUGGAGUGGUCUGCAAUGGACGCUGAAGAACGCGAAGGAGCUCGGCGGUAUCGAGGGCAAGAUUUUUACAGCUGGUGUUUCGGCCGGAGGUCAACUUGCGCUUGGUCUGGCGCUAAAGGCGAUCGAUGAGGGUUUGGGAGACAGCAUUGUCGGAGUGGUAGCGCAAGUUCCUGCCACAGUACACCCAGCAGGUGUUCCAGAGGAACUGAAGUCCAAGUACACUUCAAUGGACGAGCAUAAAGAUCACACCAUUGACACAGCCGACGCAUUGCAUGCCUUUUGGGAGGCGUUCGGUGCACCACCUACUGAUUCGUAUGCCUCGCCGCUUCUACACCACAAGAUCAACGACUUGAAGAAGGUAUACCUUACCGUGGCUGGGCACGACACGCUCCGAGACGAUGGGCUUCUGUUCAAACAAAAGCUCGACGCGAACAAGGUGCCGAAUAAGCUUGACUUCUACGGGGGAUACCCCCACUACCACUGGACCUGGCCAUCUGCCAAGCUCGAUGAGCCUAGGAAGGAGUACAAUGAGAACGUUGCGGAAGGGGUUCAGUGGGUGAUAUCAUAACCGCUCACUAUUGAAUCAAGUUCGUCUCCAGAGGGGGUACGCCAGGCGAUUGGAACGGAGCAUUUCAUUUAACGAUUCCUCGCCUCCCGCGAAACGACGGUCACGUGAGGUACAGUUCCGCCGCGUAGUAGCCUCGUCUAAUGCCCAUCGGUAUAUUUGCAACGCGGCCAGCGUGAACUCUAGAUAGCGAGAAAGUUCAACGCGAAUCAUGUGUC